AGGCCUCAAAAUUAUCAUAGCAUAAGCUGCGCGUAUGUUCUCUUCCUCAUCGAUUUUCUCUGCCAAUUUUUCUUCGAUGCUCUCUUUUAAGCAUUAAUUCUCUACUUUUAUUCAUUAUUGAUCGUUACCAUUGUUGUAAAGAGCCCAAACUGGACCUCUCCAUCGCCUGUGUUCUUUCUUUCUUUCUUUCUUUCGGCCACUUCCAAACAACUACUUUCUUUUUGCCCACAGAAAACAACACCCUCUUCGCUGGCCCAAUUUACAGACAAUUAUCAGCAGGGUGACCAAUAACAAUGAGUAGUGAACCCCAUAACUCAGAAACAGAAAGCAGCUCCAACUCAUUAUCAUCCAAUCCACCAUCCCCAUCUUCGCCUGGAGAUUCCAAACUGCAGUCACCAGAGUCCAAACAAAACAAGCGCAUCCGGGACUCCGCCAAGAAACCAGUAUACCGCGGCGUCCGCAUGAGAAACUGGGGAAAAUGGGUGUCCGAAAUCCGCGAGCCUAGAAAGAAAUCCCGCAUUUGGCUUGGCACUUUCCCUACCCCGGAAAUGGCCGCUAGAGCCCACGACGUGGCUGCUCUGAGCAUCAAAGGAAACUCGGCCAUACUCAAUUUCCCGGAGCUCGCCCACUCACUGCCCCGCCCGGUCUCUCUCUCUCCACGUGACGUGCAGGCCGCGGCGGCCAAAGCAGCCCAGAUGGAUAAGUUCGACUCGCCAUCGUCGUCGUUGUCGUCACUGGUUUCGGGGAUGGACUUGUCGAAAGAGUCGGAGGAGUUGAGUGAGAUCGUAGAGUUGCCGAGUUUGGGGACGAGUUAUGAGUCAGAGUACUCGGGGAAGGAGUUCGUGUUCGUGGAUUCGGUGGAUGGGUGGGAGAUGUACUCGCCGCCAUGGCUGCAAAGCGUGGAGGAUGGUGGGUAUGCUUGCGAUCAAUUGGCAGUGCCAGAUCAGAAUGGAGCACCAAAUAGCUUUGAAGCUGGUUUAUAUGUGGGAUAUAAAUAUUAGCUUAGUGCUGUAUUUUGUGAAUUUUUAGGUUCCGAAAAGGAAAACGCAUUAAUUUCGUUGCCAUGUUUGUUGCGAAGUGGCAAUUAACAGAUGAAGGCCUCUGCCUCGCACAUGCUUCCUCCUCUCGCAGAU